GUGAUAUUAUUCAAGGAGAGACAGUUUAUUUUUUAUUUUUUAUGUAACCUCUUUCUUCAUCUUUGACAACGAUCUUAUAGAUAUAGAAAUGAGCACGCAUGGUCUCAAUAUACGUAGGUCGAUAUCAGAGGAUGCAGAGAAACCAAAAGUACAUGUGAAGGACGAGAUCCACAUCUUUGAUGGCAGAAACACACCACAGAAUAUCUCUGUAUAUGGGUUUUUAUUAGGCAUGGUGUGUAGUGCGGGUAUUUGCUUUACCAUGAUGGGCUCCAACAUGCCUCACUUUGGCUUCUUUUUAGCGGCAUUAGCCUUGUUCCAUUUCCUCGAGUAUAUUGCCACAGCUCUGUUCAACCCAGACAAGCUGACCCUCGACUCUUACUUAAUCAACCACAGCCCUCAUUAUCAUGCAGCGCAUGCAGCAGCACUAUUAGAGUUCUUGAUCGAAUACUACUUUUAUCCUGGUUACAAGACAUUUGGGACGAUCAAUUAUAUCGGACUGGUAUUGUUGGUGGUAGGUCAAGCAUGUCGUACGAUAGCCAUGUUUUCUGCCCGACAUAAUUUCAGUCAUCAUAUUGCAGAUUACAAGGAAAGGGAUCAUGUUCUUGUUCAACAUGGUAUCUACAGCUUGAUGAGACAUCCUUCUUAUUUUGGGUUUUAUUGGUGGGCCAUUGGUGUGCAAGUCUUAUUGAUGAAUCCAUUGUGUUUAAUCUUGUUUGUGUAUUGGCUUCAUCAAUUCUUUUCGGAACGUAUUGCCUAUGAAGAACAUACCUUGCAUCGGUUCUUUGGUCAGGCUUGGGUGGAUUACAAGGCAAGAACACCUACUUUAAUGCCAUUCAUAUAA